UGUCAUUCUACCGCGACGGUGGGUGGGAGCAAUUAUGGCCGCGCUCUAGAGAUUCCUGGUUGCUGGGGCGAUUUCUCUGGCUUUACUUCGGGACGAUGCCGGGGAAUGAGGUGUGGAUCCGCACGAGGGAAAAACUCAGGAGGUUCCCGCAGAUCAUGGCAGCGUGCACGGAAGAAGCAUCAGCAUAUGGGAGAUGUGUGGCUGCAAAUGCUCAAGGAAGUCAGGACCUGAGAAAGAACAUGUGUGCCAAAGAGUUUCUGGCCUUAAAGAAAUGCUUUACAUUAAAUGCCAAGAAAGCAUGGUAAGAUACAAAUUUGAGAUCAGAAACGAGGUCUUCUGGACAUCGCUGAAUGAAAGGGAUCUCCAGCCUGUCAUCCAGAAGAUUUGAACAUUACCAUUCAUUGUAAUGAAGCACUAUCUUGAAGAAAAGGAUGAACUCAAACACAUAAUUCUUUCAAUUUUUCUUGGCUUUGUACAUCUUAGAUUUUUAUUUGAAAGAUGGUAGAAAAUUAACCACUUUGCAUCUUAUGUUUCUGGACUUAGAAGUGAUAUAUUGCUGGGCCCAAGAUACUGAACUAGUAUAACUUUGGAGUUCCCACCACACUUCCUCAUUUUAAUAUUGAACAAUGGUAGUCUAAUUUGUUAAGAAUAAUGGGGUUUUGUUUGAGAAUUAAAUGGAUUAAGACUUGAUGUGUCUCUUUGACAAAUUGCUGCUGGACCUGGUUUUCUGCCUAUGUGAUAGGUUGCCAAUUAAAUACAGUUUGUAUAUUAAAAUAAA